AUGAAAUCAAGUGUUAGUAACAAUCAAUGCUUCGUGACCGCAUGGUUGAAUGGCAAGCAAAAGGUCAAGUUUAAAGUUGACACAGGGUCACAGGUGAACUUGAUUCCUGCGCAUGUGCAUAAAUCCUUGAAACUGAGUGCUAAAUUAAUGCGAGCUGAUGUUAAGUUAUUCUCUUACACUGGAGAAAAGAUUGCCCUCGUUGGAAAAUGUCGAGUGGAAGUACGUGAUAAAGAACUUGAUUUCUUUGUUACUGAGGGUAACCGCAUACCCAUCCUGGGAUUUCCUGCGUUGUGCGAUUUGAACGUUGUCACCAUAAAUACUGUUGACAUUGAAAAGGAGGACAAACCUGAUGAACAUGAGUUGUACCGUGAAUACCGUGAUGUUUUCAGUACUAAGCUAGAUGGACUGAAUGCGCCAAAAGUUGAAAUCAAGUUAAAGGACCCAAAGCCAAAACAAAAUCCGCCGUGA